UGAAACAGUCGUUUAUCAAGCGGGUACGAUAGUUUUUGCGAAAAGAACACGAUAAAACAAUACGGCGCACAUCGUAAACAAUUCCAAUGUCAACAUUUGGUUAACAACGGCCAAGGUUAGCAAAUGUAUGCAUCCACAUCAUACACACCUUGACCAACUCGUUGACAGCUGUCAAUGGCCAAGCAGCAAGUUUGUUGUUGUCCACCAUCCGAACAAGCCACAACAAUUGUUUGCAGCUUCGUUUGCGGGGAAACGAAAUUUAGCACGAUGCCGAAAUAUUACUGUGAUUACUGUGACACCUACCUGACGCACGAUUCGCCGAGCGUCCGGAAGACGCACUGCACCGGCCGGAAGCACAAGGACAAUGUGAAAUUUUACUACCAGAAAUGGAUGGAGGAGCAGGCGCAGCAUCUGAUCGACGCGACGACCGCAGCGUACAAGGCGGGCAAGAUUGCCCCGAAUCCGUUCACCGCGGGACCACCGAAGCCGAACAUUUCCAUCCCACCGCCGACGAUGAACAUGCCGCCUAGGCCGGGCAUGAUACCGGGCAUGCCGGCUGGCGCACCGCCGCUGCUGAUGGGCCCGAACGGUCCGCUCCCGCCGCCGAUGAUGGGCAUGCGACCCCCGCCGAUGAUGGUACCGACGAUGGGCAUGCCACCGAUGGGUCUGGGGAUGCGGCCACCGGUCAUGAGUGCGGCACCGCCACAGCUCAACCCGAAAAGCUAAGGCUGCCGGACAGGCAUGGUACGUCCGUCUGUUUUUCUUUCUUCAUUCAUUUCACCUCUACUCAGUAUGGAACGAUAGGGCGGUAAUCACGGAAUUACGGAAAAAUAUAUACUACUACCUAGUGUAUCGGAUAAGCUACAAGUAAAAACAAA